GGCAUAUUUCCAACAGGGCGGGCACGGCUGGAGCUGCUGCGGGCGCGGGCGCGGCUGGAGCGGGGCAGCAGGGCAACAGGGCGCGGCUGGAGCUGAUGCGGGCACGCGACGCGGCGCGGGCGCGGCUGGAGCUGCUUGCGGGCGCGGGCGCGGCUGGAGCGAGGCCGGCGCGAGCGGGGCGACGCGGGCACGAGGGCGAGGCCGCGCGAGCGGGGCGAGGCGGGAGGCGGGCGGGACGAGGGCGAGGCGGGGCGUGGGAGGGUGGCCAGGGGUUAGCGGCGGACGCGCAGAGGAGCGCCUCGGGCGAGCGCGAGCGCGGCAGGUGCGGGGCCGAGCAGGCGCGCCGCGGCGGCUGCAAGGCCGAGCGGGCGCA